GGCGGUGUAGCGCCCCCACAGGCUGAGCUCGGUACUGCACAGACCGACUAUAAGCAGCUCGUCUCUGGAGAAGGAGGCGUGUGACUGACAGCACUACGCUAACAUCGUCCUCGGCUGACGGAAACAACCCCAGUGUGUGUUGGUGGCCCACAAAACAGCAGCCGUGCCCCGCCGCGCCCCCACCCCCAGCGGAGCCGUCAUGUGGCAGGAGGCCCGCAAGCAUGAGCGCAAGCUCCGUGGCAUGAUGGUAGAUUACAAACGCCGAGGCGAGCGACGGCGGGAGUACUAUGAGAAGAUCAAAAAAGAUCCAGCUCAGUUUCUCCAGGUUCAUGGCCGAGCCUACAAGAUCCAUCUGGAUCCUGCCGUGGCUCUGGCUGCAGAGAGCCCCAUCAACAUGAUGCCGUGGCAGGGAGAUGCCAACAACAUGAUUGACAGGUUUGAUGUGAGGGCUCACCUGGAUUACAUCCCCACCUACACACCUCCACUGCUCAACACAUCCACCCCGGAGCAGGAGAUGGAGGAGAGGAAGUGCAAUUAUGAACGCUACAGAGGCCUCGUGCAGAACGACUUUGCAAAUAUCUCUGAGGAGCAAUGUUUAUACCAAAUCUACCUGGAUGAGCUCUACGGUGGCCUGCAGAAGCCAAAUGAAGAUGAGAAGAAAAAACUGGCUGAAAAAAAGGCCACCAUUGGUUACACCUAUGAAGACAGCACUGUGACCGAGCCUGAACCCCAGUCAGACAAAGAUGAAGACAAUUCAGAGAACAGUGAAUCCGAAGAAGACGAGGGCAUCCCAGAUAUUGAUGUGGAGGUCGAUGUUGAUGAGCUGAACCAGGAACAGGUGUUGGACGUAAACAAAAUGGCAACCUCAUAUGGAAUGGCUGAAGGAGACUUUGUGAGGAUGUUACGGAAAGACAAGGAGGAAGUGGAGGCCAUCAAACAUGCCAAAGCUCUGGAGGCGGAGAAGGCCAUGUACUCUGGCCGGCGAUCCAGAAGACAAAGGAGAGAGUUCAGAGAAAAGAGGCUCAAAGGUAGACAGAUCAGCCCACCAAGCUAUGCCAGGAGAGACAGCCCAACGUACGACCCCUAUAAACGGCCAGAGUCCGAGUCGAGCUCUGAGUCCCGGUCACGCUCUCGUACACCCGGUCCAGAGAAGAUCACCUUCAUCACCAGCUUUGGAGGCAGCGAUGAUGAAGCUGCAGCAGCACAAACACCUGCUCCUAACACUGGCCAUGCCACCUCCAACUCGCAGCACCCUGCAGGUCAUAACAGGGGCUCCCGGAGACGAAGGUCAUCCUCCAGUCACUCCCCGUCCUCCUCCUCCCACUCCUCCUCUCGCUCCUCGUCUCGUUCUUCUUCUCGUUCACGCCGUGCCCGGCGUGGACGGGGAGGGAGGGAUGGGCGGCGAUCCCGGACCCGGUCACGGUCGAGACGGCGUUCCAGAUCUCACUCCCGGGGUAGAGGAGGGAACGGAGGGGGAGCGUCCUGGAGGAGACGAGACCGGACACGAUCGCGGUCCAAUGACCGAGAAAGAGAACGAGAGAGGGAACGAGACAGGGAUAGGGAUAGGAGACGAUACUCAGCACGCAGACGAACGAGGUCUCGUUCUAGCUCACGACAGGGGGGCGGCUCGAGACGAGGAUGUCGGAGUAGCGGAGGCCAUCGGCGGGGAGACAGCGACAGCCACAGUCCGUCUCAGUCCCCCAGUCGUGCCAACCACAGUCCCUCCCCUGCUCACAGAGGAGCCCAGGCUUCCUCCACCAACAUUUGUGACAAGCUAAGAAAGCCUGAAACUCCGGGUGGUAAAGAGACGGGAGCUGCCAAACCCAAGAUGACCCCUCAGGAGCGUCUGAAGCUACGAAUGCAGAAGGCACUCAACAAGCAGUCCAAGGCAGAUAAAAGAGCAGCUCAGGUGAAGAUCCAGCAACAGGAACACAAACGACAGGAGCGAGAGGGAGAGCUACGAGCCAUGGCACGCAAAAUACGCAUGAAGGAGCGUGAGCGACGUGAGAAAGAGAGGGACGAAUGGGAGAGACAGUACGGCCGACAGAGCCACUCGCCUUCUCCCUCCAAACAUGGCCGAGAGCACAGCUCACACAGAAGGUAUGCGAGAAGCCGCAAGAAUCCGAGCAGCUCCGACGAAGCAGACUGAUAUGAGGUCGCGGUCUCGGUCAAGGAGUCCUCACUACCGAUACUGAGCUGUGGAAACAUGGACGCAUCAGACAGAUCCUUCAGUGUAGCGCUGACAAACAUACUGUCCUAUGAAAAAGGAUAUUACAUGGAAAUAUGAAGAGAUGGACUGACUCACUCACAAAUCUGUACCUGAACACACUGUUCUCUAGCUCUGUGUCCGCAGAAUAUAACAUUUGACUGUCAUACCUGAGUUUCACUAAUCACACAGUCGACUGGUUCAGCCAAGCAGAAUUUGCUCUGCCUUUUCAUCUCUGCUUCGUCUUGAUUUCUUCUGCAUGCUUCCUUUUUUAUUCCUUUUCUGCCUGAACAUUUCUUCUAAACGUGGACUCGUCCGGGGAACAUUUGCGUGUCAGAGUCCGUAACAGUAAGCAAUAUAUCACGUUUUACCUCACAUUGUCACAUCAUUGCUAUCUUUAUCAAAGUUUUACUUUUCUCAACACGGAACACUCGCUGAAACCCAUUUUAAACAUCCUUAAUAAACUGAUGUACAGGAUAUUUAUACACAUCCAUUUGAAACCCCUUUGUGAAAACAAGAUGCAAACACAGUUCAUGUAUGAAUUAAAUCAAUCGACAUCUCUUUUUAUACUCUGUCCUUUGCCAGCCGGUCAACAGCAGCAAAUAUCUUUUUGUUCUCAGUAAUGUGGAAUGUUAAAUACAAAAUGGCAAAUAAAAGUGUCUUUGAAAUUGA